CAGGAGGCGGGCACUCCGGGGCGCUGAGGACUAUAAAGGGGCAGGCGGAGAGCAGGGGCCAUCCAGCCUGAGGCAGGUACCUGCUUGGCCUCUUGCUCAGGACUCAGGAUGGCUGCCGCCCGCCGCUGCCUCUCCCUGCUGCUCCUGUCCACGUGUGUGGCUCUGCUGCUGCAGCCGCCGCGGGCUGCCUCGGGGGCCCCGCUGGAGCCGGUGUACCCAGGGGACCAUGCCACGCCGGAGCAGCUGGCCCAGUACGCCGCUGAGCUCCGCAGAUACAUCAACAUGGUGACCAGGCCCAGGUACGGGAAAAGAGACCAGGAGGAAACGCCGCUGAACUUCCCGGAGUGGGGAGCCCCCGACGAGGUUGCCCCCAGGGAGCUCCGCCAGAUGGACGCGUGAGCGCCUCCUGCCGCCUCCGCCUCCGAGGACAGUGCCGGCCCGGAUCUCCCCUCCACACCCUCGGCUCUGCCCAAAGCUUGCUCCCCGCUCCCACACGGGCCAAAUAAAGCAAAU